AUGAAACACUACUUUCAAGCUCAUGUAGUUCGUCUUAUUUCCAAAGCAAACCCCAUUAAAUUUGUGAUGUCGAAACCUGUCCUUAGCGACCGACUAGCAAGGUGGUAUCUCCAAUUUCAACAAUUUGAGAUUGUGUACAUUCCUCAAAAAGCUGUGAAAGGGCAAGCAUUGGCGGAUUUUCUAGCAGACCAUCCGAUACCCGAUAACUGGGAAUUAACUGAUGAACUACCCGAUGAGGAUGCGAUGGUCAUUGAGAUUCAACAACCUUGGAAGAUGUAUUUUGAUGGUGCUACACAUCACGAAGGAGCUGGCGCUGGUGUGAUAUUUGUCACUUCUCAGGAGGAGGUCUUACCGUAUUCCUUCACUUUAACACAAUGUUGCUCCAACAAUGUUGCGAAAUACCAGGCACUCAUACAUGGGCUUGAAAUGGCUGUUGAUAUGAAGCAGUUACAAUUACAAGUCUUUGGAGAUUCUGAAUUGGUAAUCAAUCAAUUGUUGGGUACCUACGAGGUCAAAAAGCCAGAAUUGCGUCCCUAUCAUCACUAUGCACAAAAAUUAAUUGGGUGGCUCGGCAACGUAACUCUCCAGCACGUGCCAAGAAAGGAAAAUAAGAAGGCUGAUGCUUUGGCUACUUUGGCUUCAACAUUGACUUUGCCUGACCAAGCGCAAAUCACUAUCUGCCAGAAAUGGAUAGUACCGCCGGAGGACGAUGAGGAUGAAGAAAAAGCAAACUCGAGCUUCUUGUGGUCGUUACUGAAGCUGAGAAAGUCGAUUGGCGACAAACCAUGA